CAAGAAUCGAGGAAUGUGUAAAAACAUAUAGACAACGAAAGGGAGGGCCAAAUAUCAAAAGCAAACUCUCAUGGAAAUGGGGCCAUCCACCACCCAUCACUGCCCCCUCAAUUCUCUUCAUUCUUAUUAUUAUUAUUACCUCUUCCACCUAAAGUAAAAUUCAUCCCUUUCAUUUUUAUCACUGCCAUUACUCAUCUUCUUUGCUCUGCUUCCACUCCACUCUCCUCCCACAACUCGCCUCCCAAGCUUCCAACAACCAUCUUCUCUCCAUUUCUUCUUUUCUUUUUGUGGGUUUAUCAGUUGAACCUCUGCCCAUUUCAAAGUUUUUUUUUUCUUUUUCUUUUUUUUUUUGGGUGUAAUUGAAGAUAAAUGAUGGAUCUUCCUCAAGCUUCAGGGUAGAAUUCCAGUGGAGAGGGAAAUUUUUCCAGGAGCCAUUUUCUGCCUAACCAAACAGCGUUUUCCUUCUGUUCAACAUUGGGGCAUUGCUACCAUGAUUAAGCAAAUUCUUAGCAAACUCCCUCGGAAAUCAUCAAAAUCUGACACAUUGGCUUCUGCUGGGAGUGAUUCGAACAACAAUACUAACUUGGGCAGUAGUAUCCAGUGUAGCAAUGGGUUGAAUGUUGUUAGACGGAUGUCUUCAGCUGUUUUCCCAUCAAUGGUUACAGCUGGAGCGGAGGCAGUGGAGCCCCAUCUAUCCUUCAAAGAUGUUCCAAAUACAGAGAAGCAGAAAUUGUUUGUCAGUAAGUUGAACCUCUGUUGUGUGGUUUACCAUUUCAAUGAUCCAGACAAGGAUCAAGCAGAGAAAGAUUCUAAACGCCAAGCCUUGAUAGAGCUUGUUGAUUUUGUUGCUUCUGGAUCUGCAAAGUUUAGUGAAGCAGCAAUUGCUGCAACAUGCAAAAUGUGUGCAAUUAACCUUUUUAGGGAUUUUCCACCAAAGUAUCGCUCUAAUUCUACUGGUGGAGAAACAGAAGAUGAAGAGCCAAUGUUUGAUCCUGCUUGGUCACAUUUACAAAUUGUGUAUGAUCUACUCCUCCGAUUUGUCAGUUAUAGUUCUCUUGACGUAAAGGUAGCAAAGAAGUAUGUUGAUCAUUCUUUUAUUUUGAGACUACUUGAGCUCUUUGAUUCUGAGGAUCCAAGGGAAAGAGACUGUUUGAAAACAAUUCUCCAUCGGAUUUAUGGGAAGUUUAUGGUUCACAGGCCUUUUGUUCGAAAGGCUGUGAGCAACAUAAUUUAUCGCUUUGUUUUUGAAACUGAGCGACAUAAUGGGAUUGCUGAGCUUUUGGAAAUAUUUGGAAGUGUAAUUAGUGGGUUUGCUUUGCCAUUGAAGGAGGAACACAAGAUGUUUCUAUCAAGGGCUCUGAUUCCUUUGCACAAACCAAAAUCAGUUGGUAUUUACCAUCAACAAUUGACAUAUUGUGUUGUACAGUUUAUAGAAAAGGAGCCAAAAUUGGCCAGUGUUGUAAUAAAGGGACUGCUAAAAUACUGGCCUGUAACAAAUAGCCAGAAGGAGUUGAUGUUCUUGAGUGAGUUGGAAGAGAUCUUGGAGAUGACUGGCGUGGUGGAAUUUCAAAAGAUCAUGGUCCCAUUAUUUCGGCGUAUAGGAUGCUGCCUCAAUAGCUCCCAUUUCCAGGUGGCUGAACGAGCACACUUUUUGUGGAACAAUGAGCAUGUCCUCAACCAUAUAACACAAAACCGGCAGGUAAUUCUGCCUCUUGUCUUCCCAGCCCUAGAGCGGAACACUCGGAACCACUGGAAUCAAGCGGUGCUCAAUCUGACUCUAAAUGUGCGAAAGAUGUUUUGCGAGAUGGAUGAAGAACUGGUACUUGCCUGCCAAGGUAAAUUGGAGGAGGAAGAUUCAAAGUCAAGUAUGGCAGCUGAGAAGCGGAGAUUGACAUGGGAGCGCCUGGAAACUGCUGCUAGCUUCCAGCCUGUAGGUGGUGGUAAUAUUUCAUUUCUGGUAAAUCCAGCCACAUGCUCUGUUACCUGCUGAUUGCUCAGGUAGUGACCCAGUAGUUUUAUGUACUUGGGAAGCUGAAACAAGCAUAGAUGUAGCAGUUCUGCUUGCAGUAUUAAAAUUUGGUUCUUGAAUUUGGUAAAUUUGGAAUGCCAAUAGGGGUGAGGCCAGUGCUGUGAUGUUUCACCAGUUACCAUGUCCAGCACACUCCCUCUACUGCCUUGAAGCUUUCCAAAUCCAUACCCAACCCAGGGAGAAGAGCUGUUUUGCUUGCAAAUCAUUUCAUUUGUACUAACAUCUCUUGUAAUCCUUAUCCAAGGGCUGUUUGCUUCUGCUCAGGCAUUAUGUAUUAGUAAGUUCUAUUUUGCUCAUCGUUAAGAAUAUGGGUUGUCAAUCUUCCCCUGAAUCAUGUCAAGAGAACAUUCAGGCAGUUUGCUUUUGGGGAUAUCGAAGAUGUUUGCUGAUUCCAAAUUCUCCCUUUUAAUGUUGCAUACUUCCAUAGCGUAAUAGCUGGUAGUGGCUUGAAUUACAGCAAUACUCCGAUAGAAGAAAGUUGUUUUCUGUAAUGUGAUGUGGCAAAUUGGCAAUAGCCAAGCCCUUAUUUACUCUCAACUUUUAACUCCUUGGCUAGCCUAGAGCAGACCACCAAAACAAUAUAUUCCCUGCUUGAGCAAUGCCAUAGAGAUAAAGGACAUGGCCACACCAUUAAUCUCAAGGCACUCCCUACUAGACCUGCUGGUAAAUGGAUAAUUGCAGUGUCAUGAGCUGUGUGCGUUACAGGACUCCCAAUGGGACCCCAUUGCCCGAAUAAUGGUCAAAUAAACACUGAUUGUUCUGUCGUCUUCACGUGCAUAAGAAUUCAUAUUGGGACACCAUUGGACCCUUCAUGGACCCAUGGGGCUAAACUCCUUGUACUCAAGUGUCAAGAAUGAAAGAGAAUGGGACCUUAUCAUCCCAUGCUUACAGGUUAAGAAAGAAGCAGCCACCGUGAAGUUUCGUCCUGUGUCUUUGCAUAUAUAUCAUCUUACCACUCAGAGCCUUAUAUAUUCACAUGCUUAGUCAGUCUUGGAAUCAAUCUUGUGAAUUGUAGGGAGAAUUAUUAGAUAGAAAGAGAUCAUGUACGCACCACCAGGAUAUCAAGAAAUGUCAUACUAUGAUCACAUCCAAAGAAGGCACCAAGAUAGAGGCUGCCUCUAUGCAGGAUUGUUCGCGAUGUGUUGCUGCUUCUGCUGCUUUGAGACUUGCGAGUGUUGCUUAGAUGCACUUUGCUGUGGCUGCGAUUAGAAGAUCAAUGGAUGGAUGCACUUGCUCUAUGUAUUAGCAUUAAAUUUGAAACAUUAAUACCCUUUUGGGCUAUUGAAAAGCAAUACUAAGGAGAGCUCCAAUAAAGUCCUACUCAUAUCAAA